GUGUAUAACUGCAAAGAUCAAUCAUUUCGUUAUAUCUUUCUCCGCAGUUUAAAUAUAUGAUCUUUCAUAUAUUAUCUUUUUACGACAAUGAACGGUACUGUCGUCAACGGAUGUUAUAUUAGUAUCUAUGGUAGGCCAGUAAUAUAAAUAACAGUAAAUAGACAGAUGUACUAGUAAACGGACACCAGGAAAUUAAAAAUGUGGAAUGAACAAAAUCAGGAAUUAUCAAGCGCUGUAUUCUAAUGCGUUAUUAGACUCGUUGUUUGUAAGAAAUUUUAUUUCGUUUCUCCCUCGUUAAUGCUUUGUGAUAGAAAAAAUAUAUCAACCAACAUGUCGAGGGGAAGGUAUCUGGGUUGCAGAUACCAAAUACAGGGUUGCCUCGCCAUUCUAAUUGUUGAUUGUUGUUCAGUAUUCCAUUAAACAAAGAGAACCCACGAUGCCUGCGUCUGUUCAGUAAUUGUCACAGAUUGAUGAUGUCAAAAUGUGAUAGCCGAGUGUGUCACUGAUGUUCUUACUACAUUCUGACGUGUUCUGUGAUCAAUUACUGAACAGACGCACAACAACAAGGAAUCGAUUUGUUUUAUGUUAUAAAAAAAGGUAAUCGUUGACGUCAUCUAUUCGUCUGUCCUUCAACUGAUCAAGAGAAAGAACCAAUCAGAUCAAAAUGCGAGAAUAACUCGACAUAUUAUAUAAAGUUGCAUAACAACACAGACAAGCAAAUCAAAGAUCAGUUUCAAUUUAUUAAAGAGAGCAUUGUUUCAUCAAUAACCUUUUUGCUCUCAUUUCAGUUUUGUUCAAUAAAACAUUCAUCACUGAAGUGUGAAGGGUAUUAAGCUUAAAAAAAAACCACUAAUUGGGGACAUUAUUUAAAUAUAUCUCGGCUAUAUAAAAUUAAUAUUAUUUACAAUAAAGUAAAGUGAAGUAAAGUAAAGUAAAGCCCGGUCCUCUCUAGCGGCGCAAGCAUAAGCAUAAGUAUAAACAAAAGAAAAGAAGCUUAUGCGCUAAUCGGUGGUCGACGGCCGGGCAUAAUCAUGUAAGCAUGAGAAUAUCAAAACCUUGUGUUCUUCUUAUAUCGCCGUUAUGUCCAGUGGGAACAUGGUUGGCAUAAGCAGAAGCAGAAGCAUAAGCGAAAGACCUUCAGCUAAUCAGCGAGAACUUAAUACUCAUGUCAGCAUGUCCUCAGCGAACAUAAGCAUAAACAGAAGUAUAAGAAGAACGCUUAUAACUGAACAGUCCACUGCUCGACCCACUGCACACGACUGCGUACUUCCUUUGUUGCUGACCAGAGGAACCCAGGCUCAGAAGCAGACAAGCGUGACGAAGUCACGUGCAGUAUCCAAAGACAUCGAUACUUCUCGCUGGUAUCGAUAUUUCUCGACGCGAACUCGGUUAUCGAAUAUUUGGUAUCGGUAUCGACUCAUCUUUAGCACCGAUUUGCACAAAUCAUUCAUGGCGAGUUUUCCCGUAUUUCAAGUAACAGAGGGGGAAUGGACAUCUGAAAAAUUCAUUGACGUGCUGGGCAUGAAAAUCUCCGUACUUUUCACUCCCGAUCCUCAGUUGCUUUCCGAUUUUAUCACAAAUUUUCAGACGAGACCGGAUGACGUUUUCGUGGUCACAUAUCCCAAGUCAGGGACAACUUGGGUUCAAGAAAUUGUCUGGCAGAUUUUUAACGAAGGACAAGUCAAAAGUGACCACAUUAAUAAACGAAUUCCGUUCCUGGAAUGGUCGUCAACCAAUCCAGUUGAGGAGCAUCCUGACUUCGACGCUCUGCCGAGUCCCCGCAUUUUAAAGGCUCACCUUCCCUACAAUAUCGUCCCUAAAAGUGCAAAUGAAGACAUCAAGUGUAAAUAUAUUUACGUUGCUCGCAAUCCAAAGGAUGUUGCAGUAUCGUUUUUUAAAUUUGUGACAAGUUUGAAGUUUUUUGAAAAUGGUUUUAAUGGACCAUGGGAGUUUUAUGCCAAGUUAUUUGUGGAAGGAAAUGUGACCUGGAACCUCUGGAAUGACCAUGUUUUGGGAUGGUGGAAUCACAAAGAUGAUCCAAAUGUGUUGUUUCUCAAAUACGAAGAUUUGCAGAAGGUUUGUUAAAUGAGACCCGUAUUUUGUUGCAGGCUCUAGCCAAGUCAAUUGUGAGCACGCUUACUUUUCCGAAUUUCCCUCCUGCCCGCGCUUCUCAGGCUCUGAGUCAUUAGCCGAGAUAACCUGCGGUUUCGCUUUUUUGUGUGUUUCGCGAAGGCGAUAGGAAAGGAAAAAAGGAAAAAAAAGAUUUUCUUAAUCCCGGCCCCCGCGAAUAGAAGAACUCUUGACCGCGCGAGCAUGAUUAAAACCUCUCUGAAUUUUAAUACUCUCGCCUAUCUUCCUAUAAUAUGUUUAAUUUUAACGUUGAUAAUACAUUGCCAACCCUUACCACAUGUUAGAGAA